AUGGGCAGGGAGAGGGGGGAGGAGCAGCAGCAGCGCGCGGCGGCGGCGGCGGUGCCGAGGCGCGGGCGCUGGUUCGACGGGGAGCAGCAGCCGCCCGCGGCGUCGUCGGCGGUGGCGGGGCGGGCGGGGUGGAGGUGCCGGUCGUGCGCGGCGGCGGCGAUCGCGGACUGCGUCGCGCUGGGGUGCUGCCCGUGCGCGGUCGUCGCGCUGCUGGGGCUGGCGCUCGUCAGGGCGCCGCUCGCCGUGGGCCGCCGCCUCCGGAGGCGCAGGCUGUCCCUGCUGCGCAGGAAGCGGGUGCGCGACGUCGCGGCCUCCUCCGCGUCGGCCAAGGGCGCCAAGGCGGCGGGCGCCGCACCCGGCGCUGGCAGCGGGACGCUGCUGGACGCGGCCGACGACCACGCCACCGUCGCAGCGGCAGCCGCGCCGGUACAGCAGCAGCAGCAGCAGCAGGCCGAGGCGGAGGAGCUGGCGUGGCUGGACGAGAUGUACCGGGUCGGCCACUGGGGCUUCGGCCGCGUCUCCUUCUCGGGGUCGGCGGGGAAAACCCCGUGA